GGACAGUGAGGAAGUAAAGAAUAGAAGUACCAUAGUCCAGGCCUUCAACUCGCCUGCAACAGGCUGCAUGGAGAAGGUCCUGUCUCACCAGGUCGUGGAUCUUACCGCAGACCCGAAGAGACAUCGCUCUUUGAAGCUCUUAUAUCUGUUCUUGCAUUCGAUGCGAUUUACGACCGAUCGGAAUGUUCCAACCCAAGAGACUGUGUAUUUGCGCUCUUAGGGCUCGCCGAUGACGCCGCCGGAUUCAAUGGACUACCGGAUAUACUAUGAGCUACAAAGAUAUCUACACGAAGGUCACGAAAAGGUUUAUGGACCAAGGUUAUAUCGAUAUUCUCGCCUACUGCCAACAUCCAACGGGCUCAGAGUGUGUUCCUUCUUGGGUUCCGGACUGGCGCUCGACGAUUUGUAGCCCACCAAUAUGGAAACCGGUCAGUAACGACCCUGCAUUUCGGACAUCGGGGAGUAGCCGCUUACUUCAGAAAGUAUCUCAUGGAGUUUCUGAUUUGCUUACUUUGAGGGGCGUACGCGUUGAUACGGUCAAAGAAUUCGGAAGUGUUUUUGGGGAUACCGAGCGGAGGAAAAGACUUCAACCAAAGGGCACUCUCCAGUAUCUUGCUGAAGUUAGGAGUUUUAUGGCCCAGUCACCUCGGUUUAACCCCGGAAGCGAGGACAUCCAGACCUCACGGAUCGCAGUCGCCGACUUCAGUGGAUAUGUCAAGGAUCUUAAAACGCGGGCAAUAUCCUCCUAUGCUGGCUUUCGCCACGUACUCGAUGGGGACACUGGGCAUGAUGGCUAUCUUCAAAAUCUCGAUGAUAGCACUAAGGAAGUCGGCUCGAAUAGAGAUUAUAUAUUGAACGCUAGCAAAUCAUUUGCAGCGCUACGUUUGCUUCGUUCAGUACGCCCUUUCAUUUCAACAUCUAGAUAUGUUGGACUCGCGCCGGUAUACGUGCAAGCUGGGGAUGUGAUCUGCAUAAUCCUAAGUGGAAAUGUUCCGUAUGUGCUACGGAAAUGUGGUAAGGCGUACAUCCUCAUUAGUAAAGCCUACAUGCAUGGUAUCAUGUACGGGGAACAUAUGGCUGGUUCUCCCGACGUUGAGGAUUUCACACUAAAGUGAAUUAUUUGGCCGAUGCGGGAAGUGAUGCAUUAGAUUAAGUUAGUAACUCUACGGUGUUUCAAGAGAGGGGGUUCCUUUCUUUGAAGGCUCUUCACAAUC